GAAGAAUCUAAGGGCUAUUUGACAUCGCCGGUCCCACGUGCUCUCUUCCAUCCAGCGGCUGCCGCGCCCGCCGUGACCCCGACCGAUUGGCAGCGCAGCCCCCAGCCGCGUCCUGGUGUUGGAUGCUAGAGCCCGUCUUUAAGUAAGAAAUCAGGCCUCACUGGAGACAUUCAAGCAGAGGUUGGACAACUACUUUUCGAGAACAGAAAGGAAACUCAUGCAUCAGAAAAGGUGACUAAUAAACAUACCAAAAGAAUAUGGCUGCACAAAUACCAGAAUCUGAUCAGAUAAAACAGUUUAAGGAAUUUCUUGGAACCUACAAUAAACUUACGGAAACCUGCUUUUUGGACUGUGUUAAAGACUUCACAACGAGAGAAGUAAAGCCUGAAGAGACCACCUGUUCAGAACAUUGCUUACAGAAAUAUUUAAAAAUGACACAAAGAAUAUCCAUGAGAUUUCAGGAAUAUCAUAUUCAGCAAAAUGAAGCCCUGGCAGCCAAAGCAGGACUCCUUGGCCAACCACGAUAGAGAAGUCCUGGUGGAUGGACUUUUGAUGAAAGAUUGCCAGUAGCUGUUGCCCCGGAAAUGAAAAUUCACCUGAUAGAAUUCCCUGAAAGCAGUAGCCACAGUGUAAAACCAUCUGUCCUGACUAUUUGGCAAAUGGAGACCACUGGAGAAAGAAAAUUGCCAUCUACCAGGAAUAAUCGAAAGAGGGGGUCUUAUUGUUCAGUGAAAAUAGUAAGAUGCAACAUGUAUUGACGCCUUAAGGUUCAGCAGCUGGGUCACUUGAUUAGAAAAAAUAAACCAUUGGUUCUUAAAUUGUGACUGUUAAUCUUAAAGCAAAAUAUGUGUUCAAUCAUGUAUGAGAUAGAAAAGAUUUUAUUACUAAAAGUAAAAUAAAUGGAAUUACCACUGA